UACUUGUUUUAUUUUUGUGAUCUAUAAACAUUAACCUGAAAUAAACACGUGUGUGCUGUAUUAUUGUUUUAAAUCUAAAUUGUUAUCAAUUUUUUGUUUGAUAAAAUAAUAAACAAAUAUGGCAAGAAGACCUGAGCACUUGGCACCUCCAGAAGUGUUUUACAAUGAAUCUGAAGCAAGAAAAUACACGUCCAACUCACGAAUGAUGGAAAUUCAAGAAAAAAUGACUGAAAGAGCUCUUGAGUUGCUCAUGUUACCCGAAGAUGAAACUUGUUAUCUUCUAGACAUUGGUUGUGGCUCAGGACUGAGUGGUUCUGUUUUAACAGACAACGGCCAUGAAUGGGUUGGUGUUGAUAUAUCAUCAGCAAUGUUAGAUGUUGCCAGAGAACGUGAAGUAGAAGGUGAUUUAAUUUUGAAUGACAUUGGACAAGGAUUGCCUUUCAAAGCUGGUACUUUUGACGGCGCUAUCAGUAUAUCUGCGCUCCAGUGGCUCUGUAAUGCUGACAAAAAGUCUCAUAAUCCUGUCAAGAGGCUCCUCAAAUUCUUCACAUCGCUCUUUGCAUGUUUGUCACGAUCAGCAAGAGCAGUCUUUCAAUUUUAUCCCGAAAACAGCCAUCAAGUUGAGCUGGUGACGACACAGGCAACCAAAGCCGGUUUUUUUGGUGGUGUCGUUGUCGAUUAUCCCAACAGUACCAAAGCUAAAAAAUUCUUUCUCGUUCUUAUGACCGGAGGCAACAUGCCCAUGCCAAAGGCUCUUGGUGACGAGUCAGAGUCAGCACAUGCUGGUAAACACGUUUCCAAACGUGAAACUAUUAGGGGAAAAUCUGUUAAAGGAUCAGGCAACUGGAUUUUAGAGAAAAAAGAACGGAGACGAAGGCAGGGUAAAGAGACGCGUGAAGAUACCAAGUACACUGGAAGAAGACGUAGUGGAUUUAAUUGGAGAAAGUAA